GGAGCAGCCGUCGCCCGGGAGCUGACUGGGUUCCGAGCCGGCCGCCGGGACUGAGGCGGCGGAGCAAACAUGAAUGUUGGAGUUGCCCACAGUGAGGUGAAUCCAAAUACCCGUGUAAUGAACAGCCGGGGUAUGUGGCUGACAUACGCGUUAGGAGUUGGCUUGCUUCAUAUUGUCCUACUCAGUAUUCCCUUCUUCAGUGUUCCUGUUGCUUGGACCUUAACAAAUGUUAUACAUAAUCUGGGGAUGUAUGUAUUUUUGCAUGCAGUAAAAGGAACACCUUUUGAAACUCCUGACCAGGGUAAAGCAAGGCUCCUAACUCAUUGGGAACAACUGGACUAUGGAGUACAGUUUACAUCUUCACGGAAGUUUUUCACAAUUUCUCCAAUAAUUCUAUAUUUUCUGGCAAGUUUCUAUACGAAGUAUGAUCCAACUCACUUCAUCCUAAACACAGCUUCUCUCCUGACUGUGCUAAUUCCUAAAAUGCCACAGCUUCAUGGUGUUCGGAUCUUUGGAAUUAAUAAGUAUUGAAAUGUUUUGGAAUGGAACAAAAAUGUUUACAGCUACUGAGUUUUCUGUAAGGAAGGAGUGGUUAGGAAACCACACUGUUUCCAUGAUAAUGUGAAAUGAGAAGCAUUUACAUUGGAGGGCUAGUUGCUGGUUCUUCAUAUGCUGUUUUGAAGGGCAGAUACUUACUAGAAGAUGCCUCUGUUUAAUGCACGUGGUAUCUUUCUAAAGAGAGGCUUUAUAGGCAGGCUGGGCAGGCCCAGCGUAUAAGUUAAAUGGCUGCAAAGUGAGGGUAUAGUAGAUAAAUCCAAGGAAAGAAGAGAUUUAUAAGAUACUAAGAACACCUUAGCUUAUAAUGAGUGGGCAUUAUGUUAGGAGAAGAAAAUUUCCAAUCAUUCAGUCAGUUUAAGCAGACAUACAUGUAAACCAGAAUCAUCUCUUUACAAGUUUAUUACAGAUCACUUUUAUUACCAUAUAUAUUCCUCUUGUGUUACAUAAGAGGCUAUUUCCCUCUUGUUUUAUACAAGCCAAUCCCUACUUUAUGAUUGUACUUUUUUGGUUUUGCUGGCUUGACAUUGUAUUGAAGGAUGAGGUCGUUUUUACAUUUAUUAAGUUACUGUGAAGGUCCACCUUCAUGACUGGUGAUAGAAGACAGCCAGGCAUCUUAAAAACAGCCUCUGAGUCAGCCUUCUCAUUUUGGAGCAGAGUGGGUUUUGUUGCCUUUCCAGGCACGAGGCUGCUAAUCCAGUGAAGAAAAUAAUUUAUUUCACACAGUUAAAAUAUAUGAUAAGUUAAAGCUCUCUGCUGAUUUAGUUGAUCAAUCUGAUUGUUAAAGACCACUGUUGUUGAGG